GGUUUUGCCUGCACAAACACUGCCCCCGUAGCGCCAGUUGCCUACUUUCGCGAGCAGUGUGCAUGUUUUUUAGUAUUUCUGAUUGCGGAGAGUGUGUCUCGCGGAUUAUGACCCGUCGCAUCGUGACAUGCACUUUGUCCUGAGCACCGAGAGCACCGCCAGCACCCUCGACCCUCUGGCCGACGCCAUCUUGUUCGCCCGUGAAAGCGCUGCCUGUGCUAGCAGGGUCCCUCCCAGCAUGGCGUCCUGAAUCCAGGCACACACCCUGAGCGUGCACCUGAGUGCGUGUGGUGAGCAGCCCGCCCGACUGAACCCUCUUCUUCGCAACUCGACUCGUCCCAGCAGUUCAGAGGAACCAUGGCGCCUGUUUUACAAAAAAGAGAGGUGGUGGGAGGAAAGUCCGAGACCCUGCCUUACGCGCCUCCAGAGGCGGCAGACAAAGUCUUCAGUCCUGCAGCCACCGAAGCGACAAAUGUCGAUCCGGACUUUGCAGAACCAAGCGAAGAGGCAUCAGCAGAGCCAACGAAAGAAGCAGGCGAGGAGAUCGGCGAGAAAGCGAUGGAAAUGGCCGAGCACCUCGCCGAAGACAUCGGGAUUCCUACGUGGGGUCUCAUCGCAAUUAUCGUAGUUGUAUUGCUGGUAGUGUUAGCCAUAGUAGGAUUCUGCAUUCGGCGGUGUUGUAAGAAGAGACGCACCAAAGAUGGCAAGAAGGGCAAAGGCAUGGACCUCAAGAGCGUCCAGCUGCUCGGAGGCUCGUACAAAGAAAAGGUACAGCCGGACAUGGAGGAAUUGACGGAGAACGCCGAGGACGGAGCCGACGAGGGCGAGAGCAAGCAGAGUGAGGUGAAGCUCGGACGCCUCCAAUACAAGCUCGAGUUCGACUUCAAUACCAAUAGUUUAUCUGUGACAGUGAUGCAAGCAGAAGAUCUACCCGCCCUUGACAUGGGCGGCACUUCUGACCCCUACGUCAAAGUCUACCUCCUGCCGGACAAAAAGAAAAAGUUUGAAACCAAAGUACACAGAAAAACUCUAAGCCCUGUCUUCAACGAAACUUUCGUCUUCAAGAAUCUGCCAUACGCAGAAGCCAUGAACAAAACGCUGGUUUUCGCGAUAUUCGACUUUGACCGCUUCUCCAAGCACGACCAGAUCGGUGAGGUUAAAUUACCUUUGUGUCAGGUGGAUCUCGCCCAGACGAUCGAGGAGUGGCGCGACCUUGUCAGUGUCGAAGGCGAAGGUGGUCAGGAAAACAAGUUGGGCGACAUUUGCUUCUCUCUGCGCUACGUGCCGACUGCCGGCAAGCUCACCGUGGUCAUUCUCGAGGCAAAGAAUCUUAAAAAGAUGGACGUUGGCGGUCUAUCUGACCCUUACGUGAAAAUCGCUAUACUUCAGAAUGGCAAACGACUCAAGAAAAAGAAAACGAGUAUCAAGAAGUGCACAUUAAAUCCGUACUAUAAUGAGUCCUUCUCGUUUGAAAUUCCCUUCGAACAAAUACAGAAAGUGAACCUGUCGGUGACGGUAGUGGACUACGAUCGUAUCGGCACCUCAGAGCCGAUCGGCCGGGUCAUCCUCGGCUACAACGCGUCCGGCACGGAGCUGCGCCAUUGGUCGGAUAUGCUGGCUUCGCCUCGCCGGCCGAUCGCCCAGUGGCACACCCUCAAAGACCCCGAGGAGUGCAAAGAGUGCUAAGCGGCGCCCCUCCCGCACCCAAUCACCAAACGAAUUUGAGCAGAACUGUUUGUCUCUCCUAAUGAUUGAGUUGAAAACACACACACGCAACCGCCCCUUGUAUUUGACUAAAUUUUCCUAUUUGCUUCGCACGGUUAGUUUUCUCGCUUCUGCUCAAAUUGACGUAUACACAAAGAAAAAAGAAAUACCAAAAUUCAGAGAGUUGUGGUUUUGCAUUUCCGUUCGGUUUUUCGGUCGAGUUACGUAAAACGUGUGCGAUUGGUUUGUCUGGUUUUUCGGCAGGAUUAGCAGCCUCCUGGCCUAAUUAAACGGUAAUCACAUUGCAUCGCAGCCUUGGAUCAGCUCUGCACAACUCUCUGGCAGAUUUAAGGAUUAUAGACGAGUUACAAAUUACUAGACACAAGAUACAAUAUAUUCCAUGAUUUUUAUGCCUUUCAUUUUUUCACUCACUGUUGUCUAAUAUGCAGAGCAUUUUCAUGUUUAUUGUUUUGGUAGCACCUCUCAUGAAUCGAUCGAAUGUGUUGACGAAAAUGGAGCAAAAGAUGAAUAAUUAAAUUAUAAAAAUCGUUGUUGAUGUUGAAAUUUCUGAUUUUUAUCAAAAAAUAGUAAAUAUCGCGGCGCAUUGACUGCGCGGCCGCUGCACCCUGUAGUGCGGCACUUGAUUACACGAUUACACACACACGAUGACGCAUUAAUAUACUUAUUACAUAGAGCUCAAUUGUCACCUGAUCUCCUGAGUUUGAUUGACUGCAGCGAUUGAGAUGAACGCUAAGGUGGAUACGUGAACGAAGUAAAACGUUUAAAAUUAAUAAUAAUUACCAUAGGUGCUUACACGUUGAACGACAUUCGAUGGUGCGUCAUUCACUUAUAAACACGCAAACACACAACAAUUUACCGAAGUAAAAAAGUCAUGAGUGUGUAAAAAAUUAAACGAGCGCGGCGUUUUCAUAUCACUAUUAUUAUACAUAUAUAAAUUAUCAUCACUCCAUUAUUUUUUGAUUUCGAUCAACAACUGUAUCGUGACUAUGUAUAAUUGUAAACUAACUAAGCAACCCUUUACAAAUUGUGAUUUGAAGCGUAUGAGAUAGAUAGGCUCUGCCUUUUUUCCGAACUAGUUGACCAAACGCCGUAUAGUCAACACUUAAGCAAAGAUCUAUAUAUACAUUAAGAAUUAACUAACAUCACUGUGUAAAUUACUACAUGAUCAGCAGCAAAUUUUAACCCGACUCGCCCGGCGCCGAGCCCCGAGCGCGCCUUCCGCCGCGGCGGCGCCCCGUCGGCUCCGCCACAAUUCUAAGUUUCCGACGAAUUUUGUGUUACGAGCGUCGCGAUCGGGUCCAUCUCUCGCUGCAAGCCGCAAAUUUGCAGCGCUGGUUGCUGGAAAAUCGCGCCCGCGUGUGUACAUAGCCUCUGUUUCCUAGUCCCGUUUCUGGAGCCGCGGCGCCGCCUGAGGCCGGGGGGAGAAGAAAGGGCGCAGGGUGCUCGCGGCGAGUCGAAAAACUAAGAAAAAGGAACCUGCGUUUUUGCCAUACGUCCUGUUCUCUUUGAUUAAGUCGAUGUGUGUUUCCAAGUAACCCUUGUUUCCCCGAGGUCAGACAGACACAAUACCGGCAGGGGGCCCACCCAACCCACCCCCCUGCCACCUCUCAUGUAUGGAAGGUACUGCUAGUAAUAAAAUUGUUGAUGAUGUGUUGUUUUAUCACACUAUUGAGCAGCAAGAAGAAUAAAACUUGUAUCUGUGUGCGUAUGUAAAUAAUCAUUAGACACAUAUUGUUGGCAAGGAGUAUUUAAAACGAGUAAUAGCAGCGCGCGACGCAAAACGUAUAAAAUAUAACACUCUCUCGGUAUAACAAAAUGAAGAAACAAGAAAAUAAAGGAAAAUAACAACAACAACAACAACCAAAAAACCA